AAAUGAAAACAAUAUUCAUAAUCACAAUCAUAAAUAUACUUGAAUUAGGAUAGGUAUUAGGAUUUACAAUAAAUGAUCCAGAAUGUAACAAGUAUUUGGAAAAGUUUGGAACUAAAGAUAAUCCUUCAAAGAUUGCUUUCACUGGAGAUGUCUCAUAUACUUAAGGAACAGCUAAUGCAUAGAUAAACUUAAGAUAUUCGGAUAAAGAUCUUUUUAAUGAUCCAAUAUUUUUUGGUCUUGUUAAGGAAGAUGGAAAGACAGCUGAAACUGUUUGUCUUGAAUUAAGACUAUAUAAAUUUUCAUCAAAAGAUUUUAAAAAUCCAGUUUAAGUGAGUGAUUUACCAUUAACAGCAUCAAAUAACACAUUAGAAUAAUGGAGAUAGUAUUCAUUCACAAUUCCGGGAAAUGAAUUAAGAACUAGAUUAAUUGAAUCAAAUAAUACUGAUUAUUAUAUUUACAAUGGCUAUUAUGCUAUUGCUUACUAUUAUGCUGGUACAGAGGAACUCUAAUACUCAUUUUAUUUUGAUUUUACUCUUCUAGUAGAAAGAAAAACAGGAGCAGUAGUUGAGACAGUAUUUAAACCUCUAAGUUAACGUGUAACUGCAGGUUGUCUAGUAGGAGAUUGUACAAUAACUGCUGAAACUAAAUUAAAUUGGUGUACUGAAACUUAAAAACCAGAUGACCCAUAAAAACCAUUGAUGUUUUAGUCAUAAUAUUUAACAUGCAAAAAUGUUGAUAAACCAGAACUUCAUUUAAAUGAUCAGUUCAUAAUCUAAUAAAUUGUUAAUACUACUGGAUUAACUAAUUAUUAUUUAUCUGGAACUUAAGUUUGGUAUACAGGUAAUGGAUUGAAUAAAUAAGCAAAAAUAAUUUCUAUGAAUAAUACCAUAUAAGGAUAAGUUCUUGUAUAAUUGAAGGCUGAAAUUGCAUGGAGAUAAGUCACUAUCAAAAUUGUUUCAUCCUUAUCAAAUAAUUAAGGCAGAAGAAUCUUGGUUUAAAGUCAAUUAGAUCCAGUCGAUGGACAAACAUAAGUUAUUGAAUGUAUUAAAGAUGAUGAAACAAAUGAAUGUCCCACAUGUGAAAGAGAAUGCGAGAUUAAUGGAUUUGCUCAUGAAGGUUGUGAGCCGUGUUGCAAUUCUCCUUCAUGUUCAUUUUCACAAUAAAUAGCUUUUGUUUUCUUGGCUUUAUUAUUAGCAUUGAUAAUUUGAUUCAUUAAUAUAUAUCAUAU